UGACAAAGGAUAGAGUGUAGGUCUGGGUCUGACUGCUGGAGAAGCUCUCUCAAUAGUAUCAGGGAGGAGAGUCAGCUGCAUGGAGGUGGAUACUGGCUGGAAACAGGAGGGUCUAAACUGCUAGACAGAGAAUACCAGGAGAGCAGCCUCACCUCCUGUGACUCUCAGACACAUCAAGGGGACAGGUGACUGUAUUUUUUUUUUUUUUUUUUGCAUCUAUGUGUGAUCACAGCAAGGAGUGUGAGGCCCAGGAAAUGGAGCAAUGGGUACUUGAGUCUGGAUACAAUCUUUCAAUAUAAAACAUCAGUUGAUCAGAGGACGUGCUGCACUAUAGGGCAUCGAAUCCCCCGGGAAAUAAUCUGUAUUUUCUGGGAAGAAGAGGAUAUUGUAUAAACCCCUAUUGGACAAAAUGGAUCCUGUUACAAAGUGGACCCCAACUCAAGUAGUGGACUGGAUGAAAGGGCUUGAUGAUGCCUUGCAGCAAUACGUGUCCAAUUUGGAGAGGGAGAAAAUAAAUGGUGAACAGCUGCUGCAGAUAUCUCACCAGGAUUUGGAAGAACUUGGAGUUACUCGAAUUGGGCAUCAGGAACUUGUUCUGGAGGCUGUGGAUCUUCUAUGUGCCUUGAAUUACGGUGUGGAAACUGACAACAUGAAGAAUCUGGUGCUAAAACUUCGAUCUGCAUCAAACAAUCUUCAGAACUACAUUAGCAAUAGAAGAAAAAGUACAUCAUAUGACGGAAAUACUGCUCGCAAACCUCCCAAUGAAUUUUUGACUUCUGUGGUUGAACUUAUAGGUUCUGCUAAAGCACUAUUAGCAUGGCUGGACAGGACACCAUUUGCAGGGAUCACUGACUUCUCUUCAACAAAGAACAAAAUCAUUCAGCUAUGCUUGGAUCUCACGACCACAGUUCAACAGGAAUCUUCUGUCACAGAAAUGGAAGAUGCAGUGAUUAAUGUUUCCAAAGUGCUAAAUGGAAUAUGUGACAAGACAAUCAAAUUUACCACAGACCCCCUCACAAGUCAAAGUGCCUGUCUAGAAGAAGUUCACCUGACCAAUAUUAAACCCGGGGAAGGUCUGGGAAUGUAUAUCAAAUCCACUUAUGAUGGACUUCAUGUUAUAACAGGCACUACAGAAAAUUCUCCAGCCGAUUCCUCCCGGAAGAUUCAUGCUGGUGAUGAAGUGAUACAAGUUAAUCAGCAGACAGUGGUUGGGUGGCAAUUAAAGAAUCUUGUGGCUAGACUCAGAGAAAAUGCUGGCGAAGUCACACUUGUCCUGAAAAAGAGACCUACAGGAACUUUUAAUUUUACACCUGCACCUUUGAAGAACCUGCGAUGGAGACCUCCACUUGUUCAGACAAGUCCUGCAAAAACUACAACACAAUCACCAGAAAGCACGUUGGAUAGUUCAUUGAAAAAAGAGAAGCCUGCAAUCCUAGAUCUUUAUAUCCCCCCACCACCAAGUAUCCCUUACUCUCCUCGAGAUGAGAAGGCAACGUUCGGGUACAGUGGCGUAUACAGAGACUCACGUCCUUUACCUGGAUCAAAGGGUUCUGAGUCGCCUAACUCGUACCUUGAUAAAGAGAGCCAUAGGCGACGAUUUACUAUUGCUGACUCGGACCAACUUACCACAUACCCAGUGGAAGUAAAAGUACAGCCUGCAAAACUUAGAGAAAAAACACCAUUGUAUGGCAAGCCUCGGCCUUUAUCAAUGCCCGCAGAAGCAAGCUGGAUGGUGUCUGCAGAAACCUAUUCAAGGCACAGGGUCGCAGGAAAGAAAGGUGAUGAGGCUCUGUCCAGAUAUUUCAGCAAUGAACGAAUAGCACCAAUCAUUGAAGAGAGUGUUAAUUCUCGCAAUUAUUUCAGCCGAUCGACUGACAGACAACUAGUGAGGGGCGCAGACUAUAUAAGGGGUAGCCGCGGCCUUUUGAAUAUGGACCUUCACAACAGUGCUACAAUGCCAUAUCAGGAAGAAGGUGCUAAGAAGCACACUACGCCUUCAUCUUCAAAGAAUUCCACCACAGAACCAUCAGCACUGGUUAGCUGGUUCACAAAGCUAAAACUUCUGACUCGCUGAUUUUUUUUUUUUGAUUUUUUUUUGGUUCUAUGGACUGUCACCUCUCUGUGCCUUUGUUCCGUAAAUGGCAGUAUUAUGUGCAGAUGAAUCUACACAGAUGAACCGGGUACCUUUUAAAUCCGCAAAAUCAACACUUAAAACUGAAGAUUGACUAACUUCUGAGUUCUAGCAGUUGGCAGCUGAGCAAUAUGCCUGAAAUUGUUUUCUAAAGCAGUAAGGGCAGUUUCAAAUAAUUGGCAUUCCAGCGAAUGACAAUAAAACUGUUUUCUUCUUUCUAUGCACAUUAUAUUAUUAUUAUUUUUUUUUUUUACACAGAUUCUAAUUUUUUAAACCGAGACUUGUGCAUGUAACUGUUACAAUAUUGUGCAUUGGCUGCGUUGAUCUAUGCACAAAGUAAAUAAAUUAUUUUCACCUACUAUCAAGUACUUUGUCAGGCUUCUUACCAAAGGGUCUUCUAUUUAAAUUUAUUGUAGUAAACGUUAUUCAGUUUUUAGGAUUAGGACCUGCAUAUGUGUGCUUUCUGAAUUAUCAUCCACACCAUUGAUGAUUAAACAUUUCAGUUUCUAUCUGUCAAUUACCUAACUGCAUUUUAAGGUGUGAAAAAGACAAUGCAAAAAUAAUACAUUUGUAUUUAGUAAAAGAAAAUACACAUUUGAUAUCUGAACUUACAGUAUAUUGUAGAAACAUGUUCCAGAUGUCUAGAACAGCUGUUUAUAUGUAAAUGUACCAUUUUGUUGUUACUGUUAUGCUUGGCUACAAAUUGUUGCCUUUAGCACUGAGCACUAUUAACUCAGUCAAGAAAACAGAUGUGUUAUAUAGUCAUUAAUAAUUUAAGUUGGAGUUUGAAAGCCAUAUAUUGCACUACCAAGGAUGUAAAUAUAAUGUCUUGAAGACAUUAUAGCCUUUUUUUGCCUUUAUUAUCCAACAAAGUCUCUUUCUUCAUUCUUCCCUACAUACCUCUUUAUUACCCUGUCUUCCACUAAAUCAAGGGCGAAACAUCAGCAGAUCAGUAGUAAUUUAAAUAUUUGUUUAUUUUCCCCAUCUAAUUUCUGUGAAUGGAUAUAUUACAUCUCCUAUUUUUAUUGACUACAUUGAAAUCAAGGCUGUCAUCAAUAUUUUUAUGUUCCACAUCUUCCACAACUUCUGGGGUGUACUGUUUAGGACAAGUUGUUUGCUUUAACGUUAUAUAAACGUAUAUAGUGCUUGGUUGUGAUUUCUUAUUUUGAAGCAAUGGAGGAUCUCUUGCUCUUGUUGAAUGGACAAUACGUGCUUUGUGUGCAGCUGUCUUUUCAAUGAUCCACUGUAGACCACUUCUGUUUUACUAGAACACAAUCAUGAUACUCCCAAAGUACUUAAGUGGGUUUUUAGCUAAGAAUAGCUAAGGGACACUAUCAUAAGUAAAAUGCUAAACAUUUAAAUAGUGUAUUUACGUAAAAAAAAAUUGACUUUUGGAUUACAUUGUUUAUUUCAUUGUUACCAUUUUAGUUUGCUUGUGAUAGACCUAUAUCUACUUCCUUUAUAUUUAUAAAGCUUAAAUAAUAGUGGGAUCAUACUCGGCAAGCCUCUGAAACUUUGGUGUCCUGAGUCAGCCUUUCCAAUUUUAAAGGAAUACUCCAAGCACCAUAACCACUGUAGCAGUGGUCUGGAGCUUAGUUCAUUGACUGACAAAGAGCAACUGGAGCCAGGGAGCCAUGUAAGAAGUCAGACUGUUACCAACUAUUUGACUAUUUUCAUUGGGGGGAAGGUGAACACUGUAGCACUGUAGUCUGUAGUGGUUACAGUGCUUGAAAUGAUCCUUUAAUGGCAAUGCCGAAUAGUGAGAGAAGUAGAAUUGGUUGUUAUGGUAAGAUAUAUUAAGAACUCUAAACAUGAGCAGUUUGACAAGCAAACUGCACUUAAGUUUCUAUAUUAUGCUAUUAUUAUAAAACCUAUUUCACUUUAUAUUAAUCUAUUCUUCAAAUAGAAAAACAUGCCAUGAUAUUGUUCCUAUAAGGUAACUUCAAAGUAUACAACAUGGUGAAGUUUAUAAGUUUAUCUAAAUAAGCACCUAACUGGAAUAAAAGUAAAGGUCUUAUACGGGCUCUUUUUAGAGUUCAUUGGAGAUGUGUUUUGGCCAAAGCAAUGGGUUGGAGAAAGCAAAUUUUAUUAUAAAAUGUUUGUCUUAGCAGCAUUUUGUUUUUUGAAGUACCUGGCCUGCACUACACUGGUUAUUU